UUGAAUCCAAAUGAACUCAAGUUGGGUCAAAGUGAUCCUAAAUUGAAUCUAAUUAAUCCUAGAUUCGAUCCAAUUAAUUCCAAAUUGAAUUCAAAUUAUUCUGGGUUGGAUCCAAGUGAUCUUAGAUUGGAUCUAAGUAAAUAUGAGUUUGAUCUAAGUGAUUUUAAAUUGGUUUUAA